AUGCCCACGAAUUUGUCAAUUCAAAAAAGCAAUCGAUUUUCUAAUUCUCAAAGCCUCGCCUGUUCUUCAUCUUUCUCACGCAACCGCAGCAUCAAGCUCCAAACAAUUCGCGCCGUAUCUCAAAUCCCAGCUAUGCAGCAGAAAAUAACGAUACUGAAUAAUCGUGGUGAAAAACUUGUUGGUGUAUUGCAUGAGUCUGGAUCAACUAAAAUUGUAGUUCUAUGCCAUGGUUUCAGAUCCUCAAAGGAAAGCAACACCCUGGUCAACCUUACUGCUGCUCUAGAAAAUGAAGGCAUCAGUGUAUUUCGCUUUGAUUUUUCUGGAAAUGGGGAAAGUGAGGGCUCUUUUAUGUAUGGUAACUACUCCAGUGAGGUUGAAGACUUAAGGGCUGUGAUUGAAUACUUCAACAGAGUCAACCGUUUUACAGUUGCUGCUAUUGGGCACAGUAAAGGUGGCAAUGUAGUCCUUCUUUAUGCAUCCAAGUAUCAUGAUAUAGGUGCAGUAGUAAAUGUCUCUGGCCGUUAUGAUCUCAAAAGAGGUAUCAAGGAGCGCCUGGGAAAAGAUUUCUUGGAGAGACUCGAGAAAGAUGAAUACAUAGAAGUUAAAACUAAAGCAGGAGAUUAUAAAGUUACUGGAGAGAGUAUGAGGGAGCGGCUCAGUACAAGCAUGCAUGACGAGUGCCAUUCAAUUGAUGUUGGGUGCAGGGUGUUCACAGUUCAUGGAUCAUUAGAUGAAAUUGUGCCAGUAGGAGAUGCAAUAGAGUUUUCCAAGAUUAUACCGAAUCAUCAGUUGCAGAUUAUUGAUGGGGCUGACCAUCGUUUUUCUUCACAUGAGCAUGAAUUAGCUUCAGCUGUCUUGCACUUCGUAAAGGGAUGCUUGCAAUGA